AACAACCACAUGUCAUUUCAUGUUGGUCUGGUUGGUCAUGUCUCGUCUGAAAUGUCUGAAAGAUUUCCAUUCAUGCUUAUUAUUUCCGUUCUAGUUUCUAAUCCCUUAAAAAAAUCAUAGUUUCACUGUUGUGCAUGGUGCUGUCGCUUUUAUGGUUAUGUCCAUCUAGUCACACUGAUCACAUCAAACUCUUCAACACCUGAAAUCGUUCGUGACUUAUUGGGGUAAUCUCUGAUGCAAUGAGGGCAAAACGGAGGUAUAUUACCGUUGAAGUAAUAGCGCCUGGUGCUUCAUUUACAAAAGGAGACAUAGAAAAAAGUGUACUAGAGGAAGUAGAAUGUAUCCAUGGCGUCUUUGGAAGAGCAGCUGUCACAUCUUUUUCUGUGAAAUACUGGAAUCCAGUCACAUGCAUCUCUCUGAUGCGAGUCUUUUUUGGGCCGCACAAGCUCAUCACCACAGUAUUACCGCUUAUCACCAGAAUACUAGGCCAGCCAGCCCAGUUCCACACUAUCUUCAUUGGAGCAACCUUGAAACGCUGUUAUUUGAAUAUUCAGAAAUAUGAAGUAAGCAAACUUGAAAAGCUGUGGCUGAACUUGUCAACUGAUGAAGAAAGGCGGAAGUUUAAAAUUCACUUUACAAAAGAAUUAGCUAAUGUUGAACGCAAAAGCAAGAGAUGACUGUACAUAUUUAAUUGGCUGCACAAUUCACGAUUUCAACUGAUCUUUGUGUGAUGACCCUCAUCGGUUUAAACUGACCUUGCUUGAAUUGAUUGAUGAUUGUUGAUGGCAUACCCUGGUAUUCUUUCGCAACUGCAUUUAGUUGCCUGACGAAAAAUAAUUGAUUUUUAUGAUAUGACUUUUUUCAUCCCACUGAAUAAAUGAAAAUCAUUGUUUCAAGACGAAAUCAUUUAUAAAAAAACCAAGCAGUUGCCUAACUUGUUUACUGUAAGAGAAAUCUCUCUAAACCUUUACUAUGAUGUUGUUACUAUUUACCAAUGAUUUUUUGCCGUAAUUGACUUAAAACACAUAGUCAGAAAUUACUUUGGCAGAGUAGGUGGGAUAAAAAUUAAAAGUUCCCAUCGAAAGAGGAAAAUAAAUUAAAAUCUAGCUCUUCUGAAGUCAGUAUGCUGUUUUUAUUCUUAUUCGAUCAUUAAUAUAAACUUCAAAGGAUU